AUGACUGGUCCAUCGAUUCAAGAUCGCACGAGCGAGUUCAGCGCUAUCUUAGGACAAACCCAGAAACGUCUUGGCACCUCGAAAGUUGGCUCACAGCGCCAGGCACUGUUGACAGAUACACAAAGGAGACAAGCCAAUUCUUCUCCAUCAGGCGCACAUGAUGCAAAGGGUGCGCGGUCAGAGUUCGCCCGUCAUGCGCGAGACAUUGGAAGAGGAAUCGCCGGAACCACGGCGAAGCUCCAGCGACUAGCGGAGUUGGCGAAGCGCAAAACUUUAUUCGAUGACCGACCCGUUGAGAUAUCUGAAUUAACAUACGUUAUCAAGCAAGACUUGGCUUCGCUGAACCAGCAAAUUGCUGGCCUACAGGCUUUGACACAAGCGCAACACCCGAAGGUGAACCGUUCAAAAACGGAUCAGGAGGGAGAGCACAAUGACAACGUUGUUGUGAUGCUGCAAGGAAAGCUCGCAGAUGUUGGGGCUAGCUUCAAGGAAGUCCUGGAAGUGCGCACGAAGAAUAUUCAAGCGUCUCGGACAAGAACAGAGAACUUUGUAUCUUCCGUUUCAUCCAAGUCGCACACUGCCCUGGACUCGCAGCGCUCCGAUUCGCCUUUAUACAAUCCAUCGGGACGACGAACUCCUCAACCCGGAUACCAAGGAAACUCGUCCGAUCUUUUGACACUCGAUCCCUCAAACCCUUCGCCUCUCGGACGCUCAUCAAUGCAAUCAGACCAACAGUUACUGGUAAUGGAAGAAGGCCAGACGAGUAACACUUACAUUCAGGCCCGUGGCGAAGCCAUUGAAGCCAUUGAAAGGACCAUUAAUGAACUCGGUGGUAUCUUCGGUCAAUUGGCUCAGAUGGUUAGCGAACAGGCUGAGAUGGUUCAGCGCAUUGACGCUAAUACAGAAGACGUUGUGGACAAUGUGCAAGGUGCCCAACGUGAAUUGAUGAAGUAUUGGACUCGUGUUUCCGGGAACAGAUGGCUUAUUGCUAAGAUGUUUGGUAUUCUUAUGAUUUUCUUCCUUCUCUGGGUCUUGAUCUCAUGA